ACUUGCAAAGAGGAGAAAGUAGAAAGACGAGAGUGAAAGCAGCAGCCACAUAAAGGACAGAGAGAGAUCUUAGUAGAAGUUACUUGUUUAGAUGUUUGAUCAGGCCACGACCACUAUGGGCGAUGGGAACCACCGUUGUGGACCCAACAACCCACUGUGUCCGGACCGGAUGGAGACAAAGUGCCGGUCUCCGGUGCAGAGCUCCACGGACACCCCGGGGACAUCUGCGUCCACCCCGACGUCCUCCAGCGAAGACGGACACGACAAACUUCUGGGAGUGGACCCUGACUACUGUCGGAGGAUAUUAGUGAGAGACGCCAAAGGCACCAUCCGUGAGAUCGUGCUGCCGAAGGGCCUCGACCUGGACCGGCCGAAGCGCACGCGGACCUCGUUCACUGCCGAACAGCUGUACCGGCUCGAGCUCGAGUUCCAGCGGUGCCAGUACGUGGUGGGCCGCGAGCGCACCGAGCUCGCGAGGCAGCUGAAUCUCUCGGAAACACAGGUCAAGGUGUGGUUCCAAAACCGCCGGACCAAACAGAAGAAGGACACCACCAAGGAUUCAGACAAACGCUCCUCCUCCUCCAACGAGUCGUUGGCCACCUGCAACAUCCUGCGCCUCCUGGAGCAGGGUCGCCUCCUGUCGGGCCCCGUCCCACACAACUCCCUCCUGGGUCCCCCGCCGCACCCCAACGGCUCCCUGCUGAGCAGCCCGGGCGGCUCCUCCACCUCUCCGGGGAUCAGCAGCAACACCCCUCCCAACUCCCUAUCUGGGGGGACUUUCGGGCUGUCGCUGCCGUCGCUGGGCGGCACCCCGCCGUCACCGCGGCUGGGCGUCCCGCCGCCGCACUCCCUCUGCUUCUCCAUGCCGCUGCUUGGGGGCGCUCAUCACGAACUGACGUCCACCUACGGUUGCGGUUCUUCGGCUUUUGAGCCGUACAUGCGGCUGGACAGGAAGGAGACGGAUCUGGGAGGGAAGAAGACGGUUUCUUAAGUAACGUGUCCCUCUUUUAGGACGCCAGGGGACUGGUCUUUGUAAGAGCGUUUCUCCUCAGUCGUUCGUUGACACUGGAUCAUGAGAAAUGUGAAAAAAGGUCCCUCGUGGCGCCAUUUUGUGCCACAGCACUGUUGGGACACAAAAUGGUGAAAAAGGACGCGAUGUGACGGAGACACAUAAAAAAAACAAAAAAAAAAGUUGUGAAUUUUUGCAGAAAUGCUGUGUGUGUGUAUGUUGCGUGAACCCUGACAGACAGAUGUUUUUAUCACCGCUCUCUUCGCAGUGGUUUCAAGUGACUCUUCACUCUUUUGUCCAGUGCGUUUGUGUGUGUGGUUUUCUCUCUAUACAGGCCUUCAUUUACUGUUCAGGAAAAAAAAAACAUACUUGACGUGGAUAGUUCAGACUGAAUCAGAGUCUGAAUGAGAGGAGUGGUGUUUCAAAGAGAGCAGUUUGUACACAUUUCAGUACAUAAGUGGCCAUGUUUGAUUUUAGUUAAUGUGCUAUCACGAUAUGGAAGAAACACGGAAGAAAAAAAAAAAAGAAUCGUAGCAUUUAAUAUCAGUCUGUUUGGUGUCCAGCAGUAGCUUUUGUAAAUUCUUUAUUUGGUUGUGUUUGUGUAUGAAAUAAUAUGUGGUAGGAUCUGGACAAACGGUGCAAAAAUCACAUAUCUAGAUCCGAUAGUUUAAUAUAAAAGAACAUGAGGAGAAUAGCUGGUCAGAGUCUGCCAAAGCAUUUAUGGAUAUUAAGCUUUGGAGGUGUCCUCCAAUCACUGAAGCAAGGUCAUGACCUUUGAACCCAGAUUAACUUUUCAAUCUUUGAUUCACGGAAACGUCUAAGAGACACUAAAUAAGAUAGAAACAUCUGGCCGAGUUUUUUGGACAUUUUUUUUAUCCACAGAACCAAACUUGUAGGCCGGAAAUGAAAGCCGCUUUUCAAAAGGAGUCAGUUUCAGUCAGUUUUACAUCUUGUUUAUCAGCGUGGUUGAGACCCGAGCUGCAGCGAUUAGUUGAUUAAUCGACAGAAAAGUAAUCUGCAACAGUUUUGAUAAUCUGUUAAAUGAUUUUUGGAAAAAUACUCAACAUUUUCUGCUUCAAAAACGUGAUAAUUUGCUGUUUUUCUUUGUCAUAUAUGACAGUAAAUCACCACGGCCUCUGAGAAAUUGUUAGUUUUUCACAGUUUUUUAACAUUUUUACAGACAAAUAGUUGGCAGAUUAAUCAAUUAACAGUCGCAGCCCAAGUUGGGACCAAUACGCAACUUCAAAAUGAGCCAAUAAACCUGUAGAAUUUGCUGCUGUUUUACCCCCAAACACUUAAUCUUCUUAUUUUUUAAGUUGCCCAUUUUAUGGUUUGCAACUAGGGCUGCCCCCUUUUAGUCGUCUAAGAUCUCUUUAGUCGAUUAUUCAUUUUUUAUGUUUUUUUUCAUGCUGAAUUACUUAUUUCAACAGAUUUAAAGUUCGAUUCUUUGUGGAGAAACUCAGUUUUACAGAUCUGUCGAUUAAAUCAACUAAUCGAUUAGUCGAUGUAGAAUUUCUUCGGUCGAGGACAGCUCUAUUUGCAACAACAUCAUAACUAUCAGAAGCACCGAUUCAUCAGGUCAUAUCCAUAAUAAUCACAAGAACUCUGUUAGUAAACUUUUACUGUGUGCACAUAGGAUGCAGCAUCACAUGUGAAUCUUUUCAAUGAUUUUUCCUUAAAUUUGUGUUUCCCCCCUUUCUGAUGUUUUACGAUGACUACUGGCUCGCCCCUUCUGUUAGACUGCAGCCCGUCUGCUCGCCCCUCAUUGAAAGCACUUUAUGUUUGUAGGUUUUUAUUCAUCUUCCUGUUUCUCCCCCCCCCCCCAAAAUAACCUCCCAGCUUUAGUAAGAGUCAGGGUUUGGAGUCAGUUUAUUCUUAGAAAGGUGUUUUUUCAGAAUUAAAGCCAGAUAAGCUACAGUUUUCCUUCAGCUAUAUUUUUAAAUUAACCUAAAUUUUCUUCAGGAUCCGAAAAAAACAGCCCACUUUGAGACGUCAAAUUCAUGCACGCCAGGCUGAAGGAGGAGAGAAACAGGAUCAGCUGUGCUAUUUUUCCCUCCAUAUGAAGCCAGAUUUUCUUGUUGUCCAAAGAAAACCAAAACUCACCUGCGAGAACCUGCCAUUCCCAACAGUUUGCCCUCAAUUUGUGUGUGUCAGAUGAGCUCUCGCCCCCUUUUCAUAACUUCUCAUUUUCACCUCAUGUAUCUAUUCAUGUCUAGGUUUGCUCUCAUUGUGUGGUUUAAUACGUUUUUCUCUCACGGACACUCUCAAUUUAAAAAGCUGCUCACGAGUAAAGGCCAGGCUGCGGCAAAGACAUGUUUCCAGCUGCAGAUAAAUGCACGCAGAGGUUCUGACCUCAGCCUGUGAAAACACCCCGUCUGGCGGCUCACCGGGCCUUUUUGCACCCGUGUAGCGCCGGCUGUGUAGAAGGUGAUUUGUUGUUGUUGUGUUCAGGCCCCGAGAACCCCUGUCAUCCACUCGCGGCUCUUUGCAGCGACGCACCUAUGCUGUUGUCGAACACUGUAUUAUUUUCUAUAAGCACCAUCCAUAAUUCACACGCUGCGGCAUCAAAUAUUAAGCAGGGAGAUGGAGCUGAGAGGUCAGGAGGCUUGCUUCUCGUGUAAGGCCUUUUCACAAACCCUCAUCUUUACUCACAAGAGGGUCUAAGCUAAGUUGCUUUCCUGCUGUGUCCUAAGCAAAACACAGUCAGUUUCCCCCCAUUUUUUGCUGGAAUAUUCAACAUUUGUUGCAUGAUUUAGAGCUGCACACGAUGGCAGAUACAUGAACUCUGUAAAAAAACUCUCUAAAUUGAUCCCAUUUUCAGGACAUUUGUGGUUUCCCUCGACAUUGAGAAGCAGCACUGACUCCAUGUUCUGUCACUGUACGGUGGUGUUUUGUAAUGUAAAUCUGCAGUUACUGUAUCGUACGCUCAGUCAUGGCGAGGCUAGGUGAAGAUUGAGGGAGAUGCCACUUGUCUUGGACAUAGAGAAGCUUUGUAAAGCCUUGCAUCAGUUAAACAAAGCCUUUUUUUGUUUUUUUAUUUUCCCCUCUUUAGCUUCUUCUUAGGUUUCUUCUCAUCCCAGCUGAGUGGACGUGUUGCUUUUGUUGUGUGACAUCUUGCACUUGUUUAGGUCACCACCAUCUCAUGAAGGGCCUUUUCUCACUACUCCAUCAUGAGUUCCUCUGAUGGGGUAAAAGUCCUUUUGAGAUUGUGUGGAAAUAUUUUAUUUUUGUUUCUUUAUGCACAGCCAAGGCCCUGCAUAGGCCAUAACUUCUUUUCUUUAAGCAGUAAUGUCAAGCUAAUGGCACCAGCUACUACUUAUGAUGAACAAACUCUUAUGUACAUAGAUAUAAAUUUAUAUAUGAAUAUAUAUAAAUGGGUCUUUGCACAAGUUAUCUCCAUGUCCGCUCCAUGUGAUUUUAACAGGAAAAACAAAAAAUGCGAUGGAAGAUUCAGAAAAAAAGACUUUAUAUAUGCUUUACAAUUCUUUGUCUCAUUAACAUUUUGCACUUAUUUAAAAGAGGCUUACUUCUGUUUCUGGGCUGACAGAGCUGUUUUCACGCUCGGCCGAGAUAUUGUACAAUAUGUAUAUGUAUUUUUAUUCAUAUGCAUAUAAAUAUAUGUCUAUGUAA